GCGAGGGUGACCUGCUUCGUGCAAGAGACGUCUCCACUACCGAUUCUCGUCUCGCGCCAUAAGCCUCGUAAUGCUCACCUUUAUGAUAUUAACCACUCUGCGUUUGCGAGAUAUUCCUAUUGGUGGGAGUUCUCCUUGCCUAUCGCCAAGCUUCGUUUACAGUUCCCAAACAGUGGCGUCGGAACAUAGAUUGCUGUUUCCUUUUCUAUCGGGAACAAACGGGCUAGCUGCAUGUGCAAUUAGUGAAUCUGGGGUACAGCUGUCAGUGAUCGCUGACUUCGGGUCACGCGUCCCAGACACCAAGCUACACACCAAUGUGCGUGUGCAAGACGAGUCUGUCCAAUUCAGGCAUGGGCUUAUUGUUCCUCUUUGCGAAUGGUGGAUGAACUUACGGAUGCACAAGACCCAAGAACGCGUACAGUAUGGGAACCGGAGGAAUUGAACCAUAGAUCGCCAAGAGGUGUCCUAGUCGUGCGAUAUUUAAGGGGGAUGUACCUGGGGAUCAUGGCAAGACAGCUACUCUUGGUAUUCUCUUGGUAUUACAAUCACGACUAUAUAAGAUCAGAGCAUCGUCGACUUCCAAAAAUCAUCCAGCAAGCACUAAGAGUUGAUCUCUGUUCCUUCUUUCCAUUCUCUUCGAGACUUCCAUUCUUUACAAACCACAUUCUUUACCAACCAAUCAUCAAUAUGCGUUUCUUCGAGCUCGCUACUGUCCUUGCGGCCGCCGGUGCCGUCUCGGCUGCCCCUAUGGAGAAGAGGGCUGCUGCCGUCGAUGAGCUUGUUGGCUUCGCUGCCGGUGCUACCGGUGGCGGCAGCGGUGCCGGUACUACCGUCUCUGACUGCGCUGGUCUGACUGCUGCCGCUAAGACUGGCGGUGUCAUCAAGAUCAAGGGCACUCUUACCGGCUGCGGUAUCAUCAGGAUCGGCUCCAACACCUCCCUCCUUGGUGUUGGCUCCAACGCUGGUAUCACCGAUGGUGGAUUCCAGGUCAGGAGAGCGGACAACGUCAUCAUCCGCAACCUCAAGUUCUACCGUGCACCCAAGGGCAAGGAUCUCGUUGACAUUGAUGGCUCUACCCGUGUCUGGGUCGACCACAACGACUUCUCCUCCGUUGGUAUCACUGGUGACAAGGACACCUACGAUGGUCUCUUGGAUGCCAAGGCUGGCUCCGACUCCCUGACCUUCUCCUGGAACAAGUUCCACGACCACUGGAAGGGCUCCCUCGUCGGUCACUCCGACAACAACGGUGCUGAGGACAAGGGCAAGCUCCGCGUCACCUACCACCACAACGACUUCCAGAAGGUCAACUCUCGUCUCCCCUCGGUCCGCUUCGGAACCGCCCACGUCUACAGCUCUUGCUACAACGGCGGUAUCUCCGGUGUCAACUCCCGCAUGGGCGCUCAGGUCCUUGUCGAGAACAACUCGUUCACUGGCGUCACCAACGCUGUCAUCACCAACCUCGACUCCGAUGAGGAUGGCUUCGCCACCGAGCGCAACAACCUCUUCGUCUCCUCCACCACCCAGAUCACCCAGAAGGGCUCCUUCACCCCCAGCUACAAGUACACUGCUGACGCUGCUGCCUCCGUCUGCAGCAUCGUUGCCAAGUCUGCUGGUGUCGGUGUUGUCACCUUCUAAACAGCUCAAGAAAUUUUCGAAACCCACGACUGUCCACUGGAGGGGACGCCUGAAGGUUGACAGUCAUCACGUUGGUAAAGUGGGAUGGAAUCUCGCUCUUUGUAAAUACAUUCC